CGUGACAUUUUUGGCGCGAUCUCGGCUGUUGCUUUGCGUAGUCCGCUGCGCUUAAUGGUGUAUCCGUGUUUGAAUUUGGAGAACCUCUGCUCUGUUUACAUCUUGUCGCGGUCCCAAGCUUGUACUGCCGUUGAGGAUAGGGGGCGAAGACACUUAUUAUAAAGACAUGUCGCAGAAGAAGAUAUCAUCGUUCUUCAAGACCUCGGCGCCCGCUUCAUCAAACUCGAAGACCGAGAAAGAGCCACCCGCGGCUGAGAAAGAGCCACCCGCGGCUGCCUCGCCGUCGCCUGAGAAAGAUGUCAACGGGCACACCUCCCCUGUGAAGGCACCCGCGAGGCGGCGCAUUCGCAUGAUCAGCGACAGCGACGAAGAGAUCGACCAGAAGAAAGCGGCGCCAGACAAGGUUGAGGAGCUAGCCGUUCCGUCUACGAGCAAGACCCCGUCCCCGCCGCCUGCCGUCGAGGAGCCGACUCUCGCCAAACGGAGAACAGCUCGCAAGACCGCCAAGCGCAGUCCCGACACCAACCUGCAGGUCGGCAGAGUCGGGCGCCAAGCGACUGAAGACCGAGGCACCUUCGGAGGAAGAGUCAUCACCUGCAAAGGCUUCUUCUCCACAGGGUGA